CACAUGUUGACGUUGGAAUGAGAGAGAGAGAGAGAGAGAGAGAGAGAGAGAGAGAGAGAGAGAGAGAAGCCGGAGAGGGGAGCAGAUCUGUGGGAUAGUAGACAGGACCGUCAAGAAGGGUCGGCAUUGCUUUUAAAAGUCAUGCAGUCCACAGGAAGAACUUCCUCUCAGCCCUCACAGGAUUCGCUGUGCUCAAAUGACAGUUUACCGUUCAGCGAUGAUGAUCCGGACAUCUUCCUGCUGGAUCACGGAUCACACGGAGCCCAUUCUGCCCAGUCCGCUCGCUCUGACACAAGUGUUUACAGUGUGGACGGAGAGGCCACGCGUCCUGGAUCUCAGUGUGCGUGUGAUGGGUUCAGUGAAUCCAGUGACCCUACGCAAUCAGGACGAGGGAAAGCCGGAAAACGAACGGAAGGAGACGUGCUAUUUGCGCGGAAGUGUUUAGAGCUACAGGGUUUUGUCAGGCCUCUGCUGGAGCUUCUCAAUGGACUGAAAAAAGGACGAUUUGACAAAGGCCUCAGCAGUUUUCAACAGAGUGUCGCAAUGGACAGAAUACAAAGGAUUGUGGGAGUCCUGCAGAAACCACAUAUUGGAGAGAAGUACUUGCCCACUUUAUUGCAGAUAGAGGUGAUGUUGAAGCUUUGGUUUCCUCAAGUGACUCCUCAAGUUUCUGUGACACCAAACUCUGCCGACCUUUCACCUUCCAGCAUUUCCAUCCAGAGCCGGAGCAAUAUCACGCCACCACACAAGCACAAAGACCAGCUACACAUUCCAGUCAAGAAGCGAAGGUUGAGCUGGUCAGACACAGACUCGCCAUCCUCUUCCCCUCUUGUGUUGUUUAAGCAGUCGAAAGUCAAAGGUGGUGAAGACCAUCAGUUGCCAUAUGUUGACGGCGAGGAGGGCUCUUCCUCCCACGCGAGCCAAUCCGAAAGGAGAGUAGGUGAAACGUCGGAGCACAAGGUCAUCCGGUGGCCCGGUUCCAAACUGACGUGGGUGCACGUCGCUCCCAUCUUCUCCCCGCCUAAAUCCGGACCUUCCCAUAAAGUAGGAGCUAAAGAGCGAGGUGGCGGCUACGUCCUCCUUCCAGUUUCGCCCCUCACCAGCAGGAGCAGCCCAGCCACACAGGACAGCUCUGUCUCGUCCACGACACCUUUUUCAGAGCCAGAUGGCAGCCAAUGCCAGCCUGUCACAUCGGGGACUGCGAGUGCUUUGCAGGGGUGUGUUCAGAGCCCACCAAUCACAAUGAAGCCUUCAUGUCUGGUACGGCAGAGCCCUUUACAAACCUGAUGCAGAAAACCAAGCACAAACCACAGCGAGACUUCUCUGUGUCAGGGGACAUCAAAUAAUAUGGUUUUGUCUAUUGAAGUGAUUGCUAAAACAGUAUUUGAAAAGAACCUCGGAGAGGUUUAAAUUCAACUUGGAUCACAAAAAGGAAAUUUGGUGAUAUUUAAGUUACACACUUUAGGAAAAUGUGAGAUCUUGGAUGGUCCUGCAGUGUGGACAGUGUGUUAAAAUGUAAAGGAGAGUUAUAGUCAUUGCUACAGUCUCAAAAUAUAGUCAAAAUAAGUCCCGAAUGCAAUACGUCUUGUUAAAUCGAUGGCAUCAUUUGAAUAUUUUAUAUCAUUGAAAAAGAUUUUGGCCAGUUAAUGCCAUUACUCUGUCUUUCACAUUGCUACUGAGAAUAGUGGGAUUUGUUUGUUUAUUAUAAUAUUUUAUAAAAGUUGACAGAGCGAAUAGUGAAACACAGCAGUAUAGGAUCCAAAGGAAAAAAUGUAGCAAAGGUAUAACACAUUUACAAUAAGGUUGUAUUUGUUAACAGCUAACAAUGAACAAUACUUAAACAGCAUUUAUUAAUCAUUGUUAAUGUUAGUUAAUGCCAAUACAAUUGUUUAUGCAAGUUCAUUGUGCAUUAACUAAAUAGUUACAUUUAAUUUUAUAAAUGUAUUAGUAAAUGCUGUUUAGCUUAUAGUUCAUGUUAACAUUGUUAUCAUUGUUAGUGCGUGUUAACAAAUACAAACUUACUGUAAAGCAUUACCCAGAUUGUUAAUAUCUGAUCUCUUGAGUCAAGGAUGUUACCGUUUUGUUACUGUAUUUUAUAAAGGCAGUCAUUUUUUCCAUCCCAGUGGGAUUUUUUGUGCUUGCAGUGGUGAGAUUUAAAAUGUAAAUGAAACCACUUCAUUUAUUUGCUAUAAAAUCCACCAGUACUAUACGGUUUAAGUCAGCAUGGCUGAAUGAAAUGAAAUCAGAUACCAUGAUCAACCUGAUUUAAUGCAGGAAGUUAUGUAAUAUCCUGGUUGAGAGAAGAAAAAAAAUGUACACGAGUCUGAUUUAAGCGAUAUCUUUAAUUUAUGUUUAUGGUGCUGAGUGUCUACUAAAAGACUGAAAAGAUAAAUCAAAUACUGAGAUGGAGCCAGGAGUGACUCUAAUAUGCCAACCCAUCUUUAUUUAUUCAUUUAUUUAUGUUUUUAUGUAUUUAUUCACAAGGCAGCUGAGUUUACGUGAGCUUGGUCUGCUAUGGACUCUGGAGUGUUUGAGGUUUUUAUAUAUCUAUAUUAAAGAGGAAGUGUGAGAUCUCAGAUUGGAAACUCUGUGCCUUUUCUCCAAAAAAUAACCACACUUAUGAUUGUGUUUUUAUCAUAUGGACUGAACACAAAUAGCAAAACGUUUUUAAUGCACAGAUUGAUUGAUUCAUGAGAAUAAAGUAUUCUUGUGAGCAAAUGAGAAUUGCAAUAACCAAUAGCAGCAUGGGGAACUGGUGUGUUCAAUAAAAGUGAAUUAGUUGUCAUAGCAACAUUUGAAGUGACGCUGUAUUUUCUGACCAAUACUGCAGGCAGUUUUGAUGCACUUAUGAUCCACCAAAAGUUUUUUGGGGCUUAAUAAAUUAUGUUGAAAAUCAUUUAUGCAACAUUGAAUUUAAUAACUAGAUGUAAACAACAUUAUAAAAAUGCACUUCACAUGCUGCUAGUUGCUGAUUUAAUCAUUAAAGGGAUUUUAUUUGCUUAAAAAAACAGUUAUUUGCCCCUAUAGCAAUAGAAAUUUUGCUAUGCUGAAAACCAUAAGUGAAAAUGUAUUGUGUAAUUGACUUUUUUUACGUAAUGAUUUUGUAGACAUCGGUUGCACUUAUUUUUUAUUUCCAAGUUUUAUACUGUAUAGGCCAAGAGGGUUGAUCAUAAAGUAUGUGUCUUGGUUAUUUAAACUGUCCGUUUUUUAUAUAACUGUACUCUACUGUCUUCUUUCAGCUGUAUACUGUACUUUCUAGUCACUUUUCCCAGCCCCUAUAUUUUUCUCUUCUGUACAUCUCUCUCUUUAUGUCUGCACUUGUACUAUUCUUCAUGCUUUUUCAACAAAGACAGACCUUUUAAUAAACAAUACAUUUUGAAA